GUUAGGUGCCAACAGUCUCGUCUUAUCGCAAUGAUAGGCCCAUGUCUAACUUGGCUGUUGCUCCCUUGAUUACCUAGUUACCUUAGGUACCCACAACAAUCGAGAAGAGAUGCGGGCUCAUACGACAAGAUGACAGGAGAGAGCUAUGAAGAGUUAAUUAAAUCACUAUGCGCGAGCGAUCCACGGAUAAGAAGGUCCAUCAUAAAUAAACCGCCACCGCCAGCAAAGGUUUGGAAGCCGUGGUGUCGGGCCAAGGUCCGGGUUCUUGCACUUCAGUUCGGCCCGGAUGGGUCCGUUAGUCUUCCUACCGAGUAUACGGACGCCUCUACCCUUGCGGCUAGCCUCGAGCAGGAUACAGCAUUGGCCGGCCAUUCGUCGCGCUCCGUAUACCUACUCGAAGGGCUCUCCAGGGAUUUCGUCCACGUUCUCGGUGACCACUUUCAGCUCCACCCUUCUAUAUUUGUAGACCAUGAGAGAUUAACACCUCUUGGCGACCGGCAGACGGGAGAAAACGGAGGUCUUCCGUUCUUACCAUCCGCAAUAUGCGGGAGAGACCAUGUCUCGCUUAAAUAUCAUGAGCCGCUAGUUCUUUCGCAACGGCCAACCGGUUUCCGCUGCCUCUGCGACACAUCCGGGAGACAUGUCGCUGUGACGAGGCUUAUGGGCGAGAUGUCGAAAGUCGGGAUUAGUAGGCGUAAGUGUACCUUUUGGAGCAGAACCACGGACUCCGGUGGCUGGAAAUGCCUCAUUAUAUGUGACCCCCCCAUCCGCCGGAUUCUAACAGACCAUACCGGGCGGUCGGGGUUUGAUGUUGUAACGAGUCAUUUUAACUCUGGGUAUAUGGAUUUCAUGCCCCUAUCAAAUCAGAUAAAGGCACGGUCCGGACCUCCUAGGACCUCCUUAGUAGAGGAUUUAUUAUUCUAUCUGCGAAUGCACUCCGAUACAUUAGACCUCACUCAUCCUAAAUCCCUGCGUAUCUUCGUUGAGAAGAUUAUCGCCAGCCACUUCCUCAAGUUAGCCGAAUUCCUACAGUCUAACACCGAGUUCGUAUUGUGGCAUCUGUCAAGGAGACGUGAUCUGACACCUUUUGGCGUCGCUACGGCCGAAGAAAUCUGGAGCGAUGUCCAGUCAUGGAAGCGUCGGGUUGCCGAGUACCAAGAUGAUCUAGAAGGAGCUAUGCUACAGCUUGGUGUUCAACUUACACGAUCCCCUGAUACAAGCCGUAUUGAGAGCUGGACUGACAGCGCCGCCGAUUUCCAGCACCUAUUGCAACGCUACCAUCAAAUAGAGAAACGUGUAAAUGAGUUAGGCAGUGCUAUAAACACCUUAGCUAGCCUUGCAGGCAACCGCGUCUCUUUUAAGACAGGAGAACUAUCGCUUCAGGAGGCAGAGCGAGCAGGCCGCGAAGCCAGAAGUGUUAAGGCCCUCACGGUCCUAGGUAUCAUAUUCCUCCCAUUGUCCUUCACAGCUUCUAUCUUCAGCAUGGCAGAUUCUUACCUUCCAGGAAACUCACUGUUUUGGGUGUACUUUGCGCUUUCAAUUCCAUUACUCGGAUUUGUUAUACUUGUGUUUUCCAUCAUAGAACUAGGGUAUAUGGACGGCAGAACUCGGUGGUCUCCCAUUUCGGGGAUAGAGAAUAUAAGAGAGAACCUAAUACGAAGAAAAAUUAGAAAUAGGGCACUAACACAAUAGUCUUGUCCCGAAGCAACGAGCUCUAGAAAGACGGCCGUAGUCGUUCUUAAGUUCUGAAUGUAAAAAUAUAUCUACCUAAUUAUCAUCGUCAACCUUGACGGUCGGUUGGCUCUAAUUCAUUAGAUAUUGCCGAAGUAUCUUAAACCACGGCCCUGAAUCAGUUGGCGGAUAUAGUAUUACCUUAAAUGUACGAUAAUUGAUUUAUAUCACUGAUACAGCCAUCUAGGCACUCUACUGUAUUGGUCGUGGAUUUGAG